AUGAAGACAUCUUCUCAUCGACUUUCUUAUCUCAACCUCCCGAAGACUUCAGGUUCGGUUGGGCAGGCAACAACAUUGCCUACAACAGUAACUUUGGCACUCAGGACGCUCGGAAUGACUUCUAAAACUUCAACGGCCUCUAUUUUCUUGAAAUCAAGUCAUACGAGCGUCAUGGCUUUUUCGGAAUCUAAAAGAAUGUGUUCUGCCCGAUAUGGAUACAGUCGUGAGAAUAUAUUUUCUUCAUCAACGGUUUGCAAUACGACACUGCCUUCAACCCGAACUGAAAACUUGUGUAAAAACAGCAAUCAAAACCUAAUUUUUCUUGAGAACACUCAACAUGAGUCUAUAAAACGAAAUUUCCGACGACAUACUGCCUUCGGUAAUAAAACAGAAGACAAAUCAAAAGGAAGAUGGGAUAGCACGAUGGACACAAUUGAUCCUGGAAUUAAGACAGUGGCAAAAGAAAAUGCACCCAGUUUUGCUCCCGUUUCUUUGAAUUCAACAAGUAUUUCACAUAAAUGGAACGUCGUUGAAUUUGACGAUCAAGGAAAUGUAAGAAUGUCACAAAUUAAACGAAGUGAACUCUACACGAAAUAUGGUUUACAAGGAAGAGAUAUAAGAACAUUAGUGAGCAACAUGAACUUUCCUACCAUACUUGCUCGUGCCAAUUGUAUAAUAGUUUCUAUUAGCAAUAUAAGUGCAAUAAUCACCCAUGAACGACUUUAUCUACUAAAGAGCGACUAUUCGAAUAAUUUAGAUCCUACUUUCAUCAGAUUUGUUCAACAAUUUUUAAUUUAUUACGCCAAAUCUAAGGAAGUGAACAAGUACAGCUUUGAUGAGACGCCCUAUGGAUUUUUCGAACAGUCUUAUGCGCUACCAUUUGAAUUUCGAGUUUUGGAAUGUAUUUUGCACAAAGUAUGUGCCACAAUUGAAAAAGAUAGAAACGACGUGCAAGAACGAGUAAGCCAAAUUUUAGCAGCUCCCGACUACACAAGUGAGGAAGUUCUCUAUCAAAUUUUGCAAUGCAAGCAAAAAUUAACACGAUUCAAAACAUUUGUCACAGAAUUACAUGAAACUAUUGAAAAUAUUCUAGAUGCUGAUGACGAUAUGGCAAGGAUGUACCUCACAGAAAAAAUUGUGUUUCAAAAGCCAAGAGAAGUUGCUCAACAUGAGGAAAUUGAAAUGUUGUUGGAAACAUAUCAAAACAGAGUGGAAAAUGUGAUCAAUUCUAUUGACGACAUGAGAGAAGAUCUUGAUGACACUCAGGAAUUUCUUGAAGUAUGUUUGGACAGCAUCCGUAACAGAAUGAUGGAAAUGGAAUUGAAAUUAGCGAUUGGUGCCUUUGCUCUUACCUUUGGAACGUUAUUAGUUGGAGCAUUUGGUAUGAACUUAAUGUCCCAUUUGGAAGAUCAUCCUUUUGCAUUUUAUUAUACUUCAGGAAUGGUCGCUCUUGCAACCAUUAGUCUUUUUGUCAUUACCUUCUUACUAUGCAAGAGAAGAGGCAUUUUCAAAAGUACUUACGUUACUGAAAAGCGAAAAGAACUUCGUCAAGUCAUUACAUCAAAACUUGGCAAUAACUGUGGUGACAUGUAG